AUGGUGAAGAUGAUCGAGCACAGUUGUGAAAUCGAUGUGUUGUUGGGAAUAAAGGAGACCAGAUUUAUGAGAGACAUCGCUGACACAGCUUACUCUGUCAUGGGUCUAGCGGUGUUUAUUUUCCACCUUACAAUUUUCACAGGAAUACUGUGCAUAUCCGUAGGUGCUUUAUCCAGCGUGCAGGCUCUCAUAAUUUAUGGGAAAACGGAAAUGGAUACGCUGAAAAAAUAUAUCCUGAUCAGUUGGCUAGUCCUAAGUUGGCUGUACUUCGUAGGUAUGAGCGUGUUGGUGGAUAUAUUUUCGAGGCAAAUAGAACAGACCAAAUUAAUUUGCACCUACGCUCAAUUGAAAUAUAUAAAUAAUGAAGCAGUAUACCAGUUCGCGAAGCCUAUAUUGCGCGCACUUGAGGUCAGGGUUGCGCGCACCUCCAUAUAUGGUUUGUUUUUCUUCGAUCCUGGAGCGAUGCUGCGCAUUGCAGCCUCUACUUUCCUUUAUUUUACUGUGCAGAUUCAAUUUUCAAUGCCUGCUGAAGAAAUAGGAAACAGUGGAAACGUUACUAAUGCCGAUUGUGUUGAAAUUUCAGGAAAAUUAUAA